GGCCCGUGUUUACACAGCGGCGGGCGGGCGCGGACGCGGAACCUGGCGCGGCGGCGACAGGAUGGUCAUGGCGCAUUUCGUCGAGAAUUUUUGGGGGGAAAAAAAUAGUGGCUUUGAUGUCCUUUACCAUAAUAUGAAACAUGGACAGAUAUCAACAAAAGAACUAGCAGAUUUUGUGAGAGAAAGAGCUACAAUAGAAGAAGCAUACUCCAGGUCAAUGACAAAACUAGCAAAAUCUGCAAGCAAUUAUUCGCAACUUGGAACAUUUGCACCAGUGUGGGAUGUGUUCAAAACAUCUACAGAGAAAUUAGCAAACUGUCACUUGGAUCUUGUUAGAAAAUUACAAGAAUUAAUAAAGGAAGUUCAGAAGUAUGGAGAAGAACAAGUAAAAUCUCACAAAAAGACUAAAGAAGAAGUUGCAGGAACUCUGGAAGCUGUUCAAACCAUUCAAAGCAUAACUCAGGCCCUCCAGAAAUCCAAGGAAAAUUACAAUGCCAAGUGUGUAGAACAGGAACGUUUGAAAAAGGAAGGAGCUACACAAAGAGAAAUAGAAAAGGCAGCUGUUAAAUCUAAGAAAGCUACAGAUACCUAUAAACUUUAUGUGGAGAAGUAUGCAUUAGCAAAAGCCGAUUUUGAACAGAAAAUGACAGAAACAGCUCAGAAGUUUCAAGAUAUUGAAGAAGCUCAUCUCAUUCACAUAAAGGAAAUUAUAGAAUCCUUGUCAAAUGCUGUAAAGGAAAUUCAUUUGCAAAUAGCCCAGGUCCAUGAAGAAUUUAUAAAUAACAUGGCUAAUACUACAGUUGAAAGCUUGAUUCAAAAAUUUGCUGAAUCAAAAGGCACUGGGAAGGAAAGACCUGGCCUUAUUGAAUUUGAAGAAUGUGACCCCGCUAGUGCAGUUGAAGGUGUAAAACCAAGGAAAAGAAAGACUUUUGGUUUGCCAGGGAUAAUUAAAAAGGAAAAGGAUGCAGAGUCUGUGGAAUGCCCUGAUGCAGAUUCACUUAACAUUCCUGAUGUAGAUGAAGAAGGCUAUAGUAUAAAACCAGAAGCAAAUCAGAAUGAUACCAAAGAGAACCAUUUCUACUCAUCUAGUGAUUCUGAUUCUGAAGAUGAAGAACCAAAGAAGUAUCGGAUACAGAUCAAACCUAUGCAUCCAAAUAACUCCCAUCACACAAUGGCUUCCUUGGAUGAAUUAAAAGUGUCUAUAGGAAAUAUCACGCUCUCACCAGCAAUAUCUAGACACAGCCCAGUGCAGAUGAAUCGGAAUUCAUCUAGUGAGGAGCUAACAAAAUCAAAGCCAUGUGCUGCAUCCAAUGAGAAAGGGACCAGUGAUUUACUUGCUUGGGAUCCCCUGUUUGGACCAUCUCUUGAUUCAUCUUCUUCAACUUCACUAACUUCGUCAUCAUCAUCAGGUAAUGUGUGUGUGUGUAUGUGUAUAUAUAUAUAUUUACUUAAGGAACUUGAAGAGUGCAACAGAAACUCUUUGUCUCGCAAUAAUUUGUUUGAGUGUACAGUAAUUGAGUCUUUACUUGAAACCAGCAUGUAUUUGGAAUUUGAAAAAGCAAAUUGUGAUUAUUUGAAAGAGCUGAACUUUAACAGUUCUACCAGGCUAGUUUACUUUUGGGGCAAAAAACUUUCUUGGGUUUUUUUCUCUUUAAAGGUAUCAUCAAAUGGUAUUCAGUCCACUCCUCUAAAUCUUGCAACAUACUGGAAAUGCAGUGCUGGCACCACAGAUCUUAGAGUGGAUUAUAAGUACAACCCAGAAGCUAUGGUGGCACCAAGUGUGCUUUCCAACAUACAGGUGGUGGUACCUGUGGAUGGAGGAGUCACAAACAUGCAGUCCCUUCCCCCUGCAAUAUGGAAUGCAGAACAAAUGAAAGCCUUUUGGAAACUCUCUGGUAUUUCAGAGAAAUCAGAAAAUGGAGGUUCUGGGUCCCUCAGAGCAAAAUUUGAUCUUUCAGAAGGACCUAGUAGACCCACCACACUUGCAGUGCAAUUCCUCAGCGAGGGAAAUACCCUCUCAGGAGUAGAUAUUGAACUUGUAGGCACUGGCUAUAGGCUUUCCUUAGUAAAGAAGCGGUUUGCCACUGGACGAUACCUGGCGGAUUGUUGAUGGACCUGGGAAACUGGUUGGCUCGAGAGAAUUACAGGCCUGCCAUCCUGUGUUGUCUGUUCUUUCCAACACUGUUUUAGCUUGUAUUAGGUCUUUGAACUUACAUAUAUUUGAGAACUGAUUACAAACAUUAAAUUGCACUUUUGAAGUGACUCAUCAAAAGCAAUAGCACUGAAAUGAUUUUCAACACUGUUAAUGAUCAACUGCCAUAUUCCGGAAGCACCUUUGAGAUUCUCAGUAAAAUGAAGUUUUCCUAGGCUGAAAUUUUACAUUAUCUUCAGUGUCUAUGUUGAGUUGUAGUGUAUUAUCAGGCCUAAAAUUUCAGGAGAGCAAGCACAAAAUAAUUCAGCUUUCCAUUAAUUUUUAGAGUCAGAGAUAGCUUUGAAAUUUCCUAAGUUUGAUAUGAAUGGAGACACACAGAACGUUGAAUUGUAAGUUUUGGAUAAUGUUAAUUUAGAAUACUCAAUCAAAUUGAGUUAUGUGCCAUAAUCAGACCAGAGUCCAAGGCGUAUGCAAAAAAUGUAUAAUUUGAUUCUCAUAUAAACAUUAAUAAAGUGUAGAUGGUG